AUGUCGCGCACAGGAAAACGCUGCCCGGGGUGCACUGGCCACUCGCUGUUCCUUAGCUGCGUAGCCCGGCCCGGAGAUACAAAUCUCCACGCAGCCAAUGUCUGGGACCAGCCCAUUCUCAAUCUCGCACCUCACAAUCACGGAUUAUACACAAUUAUGACAGGCGAUGUCGAACUUCAGGAUGUCAAUACCAUGGCAAUAAAUAACACCCCAAUGCGCAGGUUUCUCACAUUACUUGCUCUCAAAACCGUUUCUCGAUUCUACAAAUGGAACGGCCCUUGUGUCCCCAUCUCCAGCAGACAUAUUGUCAAGAAAGGCAGCAGGGUCAACCUCACGGAAGCAGCGACCAUGGCCUUCGUCGCCGCUCGGACGGAAAUUCCAGUACCCCGUGUACAUUGUGCAUUUACACAUCGAAAUGUUACUUACAUUGUCAUGGAACGCAUGCGUGGGCAAACACUACCUGGUGCCUGGCCAAAAUUAUCUGAGGCGGAUGUUGAGCGUAUUCUUCUGCAACUGCGAGGUAUGCUCGAGGAGCUGCGUGCAAUCCCAUCUCCGGGAACUGCAAUUGGGAGCUGCGUAGGAGGCUCACUGUGCGAUUCUCGUAUUCCUCGGCCGGAGCCUAGGUUCGGGCCGUUUCCUUCCACACAGGCAUUUCAUGAAUGGCUAAGAGAGGGGCUUGGGGCGGAAGAAAAGCCACCUUAUGUUGAUGAUGAGGAGUGGGCCGAUCUCAAGUAUAUGAUUGCAAUGCAAAAUCAGGAAUGGGGAACGCCGGUGUUUACUCAUGGCGAUCUAAACCCAUUCAAUAUUAUAAUCCGGAAUGGAAAGAUCGAGGCCAUCAUUGACUGGGAAUUUUCAGGCUGGUAUCCUCGUUAUUGGGAAUAUACGUCUGUUUGGCUUGGAAAUAAGACCAGAAUAGCGUGGCAACGCAUGGCAGAAAAGUUCAUCGACCCUUGGCCCAAUGCAUUGCGAAUGGAAGCCAUCAGACAGAAGUGGUGGGGUGACUUUUGA